AGAAACAAAUUAGUUUUGCCUUGGGUAUGGGGGAAUUGUGUCGUGUCUUAGGAAAAGUUUAAAAAUUCACACGUUUCAUCACGAAACAAAAUUUCAGUUUUAAAUUUACGAAUGUUAUUGUGAAAUUAUUUUAAAAUAUUUUAUUACAGUGGCAAAUAUUGACUCAGAAAUACUUUGUGAGAUUUAUUAUACUCUUACGAAAGUUUACAAAAUGACCCACAAAAAAGUUAUAUUAUUUUGGAUGGCCGCUGUUUUAAUUAAUAAAAUUGAUGCUUUGAAAGAACAUUGCAAUAAACAAGAGGAUUUACUUCAGAGGUGUUCGAUGGCCCUGCCGGUACUUAGUUCUCCGGAAAUAUCUUUCGCCCUCACAAGAGAAGAACUGGACAAAAGUUGCAUAGAACUUCGCGCGGGUAUCAAAUGUAUAGACAACUACACGGAAGUUUGUAUGGAGAAGAGCGAACAAGUCGUGUUUCGGCGGAUGUACGCCGGGAUAACUGAUGUGGUUCAAGAGCUUUGUACACGAGGCACAUAUCAGGAUGAGUACCUGAGACAUGCUGAUUGUGUGAAGAAGGUUCGACCGGAGUAUGAAACUUGUAGCAAGAACUAUGAGGUGACUUUGACGUCACUCAGCAACCACCCGGAGAGAGACCAGUAUGAGACUGAUAGUGGAAGCCAUGAAGACCUUCGAACUAUGUGCUGCUCUUUCCAAGAAUACCUCCAGUGUUCCGAGCGGACGGUUCAGAGGUCGUGUGGAGACGAUGCUGCCUUGUUCACAAGCGCAUUCCUCAAGAGAAUGGCAUCUAAUAUCAUAAAGAACUUCUGUCUGGAUUAUCGCGGACAAGAGUGCGGUCUAACGGACAGCGGAAACUCAAACCAGCUCAGUCUACUUCUACUCAGUGUAACAAUGAUACUUCCCUUCGUGUCGGCGCUCGUACCCGCGUAAUGCAAUCGGCGUACAUGCGGAAUCGAAUUUUUAAUUACUAUCUUUGUAAUUAGUGAAGAACUUCGAGUUGAUGCAUUCACUGAACUGUAAACAAUUUAUGGAUGGUGAAACUUCACCUUUUUGCGAAGUAAGCGUUGUAGUUCAUGUUACCUGGUAAUUAUAAGUUAUUAAAUGUAAUUUCAGUCUCAAGAACUCGUUAUGAAACUUUCAUAGUUAUGCAGCGUGUUUUAAAAAUCUAUACAAUAAUGAUCACAGCUCAAUCGUCUGACAUGAAAACUAUUCAAUUGAAGUGUUUGUUUGGUACUAAAUUACGCUCAUAGAGUGCUGUUAUUUUUUUUUAAUAUUCUUAAUUUGUUUACAUUAUAAUUCAUGAUAACCGCGUAAAUUAAAAUCUUGAAUCUCAUUUAUUUAUAAAUCUUUUUCUUCACCUAUUUAUAGGCAAACGCAUUUCUAUGUCUGUAUCAUUGAUUUUAACUUUCCUAGUAUUUGCCGGAAAAUAAACCUAUUCUCUUAACUUGAUCAGGCGCAUUAUUUUGUCAAAACAAAAAUCAAUGUUAGACAAUUCAUUCACUUGUUAGUCCGUUUAGAAUGAAUGUAUCCUAAAGUAAUAAAUAAAUUCACGUUAACUUAAAUAUCACACUAUUUAAUAUUUAAGGUUGGUAGACAUAAUAUAUCGUAGGCCAAAGACUGCGAAUAGAAUUCGUGAAACUUAAAAAAGGCAUUUAGUUAAGUAAAAAAAUGUAUAGUAUUGUUCCUAGUAUUGUAAUAUAUGUAGUUAUUAUCUGUGUAUAAACGUAUUUUUAAAUAGUACAUUUCAUGAAGACUUUGAAGUAUCUGGUUUCUAGUACAGUCCUCGAUAUAGACAAAUCAUAAACUCACAUAAUAAAUAUUCAAAUAUUUUUCUUGUGAAUAAAAUUUACUAUUUUUUGUUCUCCCACAAAUGGCUCUUCUAAUUGUACUAAAUAAUCUCGCAUAGUAUUAGCAGAGAGUUAUAAGUGAUUAUUUAAAAUUAUUUUUUGAUUCUGAUCAAAUUUCAUUUUUUUUUAAUUUUAAUAUAAUUAUUAAAUAAAAAUAAAAUAAAUUAAAUCUAACGUCAUUGUAACGAUUACUCUAAUAAUUGUAAUAUGAAGUAUUAAACAUUUUAAUAACAAAUACAGUUUAAUUUAUAUAGAUUUAAAUUAUUAUAAGGAUUUAAAUGCGUGUUUCAAUUUCAUUUCACGAUAACCAUGCAUCAUUACAAUGUUUAAAUUUAAAAAAAAAGCUUUUAGAAUAAACUUUAUACCUUGGUCGGUUUAUUUUAAUAUAUUAAUUUAAAUUAUAUAUAAUAUGUGUCAGCUCAGAACUUCC